AUCUGCUCUUCUUUCUUCCUCCAUCUUUCACCGAUUUGUGGUGCCGAGUCUUCUCCGUCGUCUUCUCCAUCGUCUUCUCCGUCGCUUGGUCUUUCUCCCGCCGUCUAAUUCGGUUCAAUAUAUUCCACUAUCAUAUCCUUCCUGCUCGUCGUUUCUUAAGGAAAUCGAGAUGGAUCCACAGACGCAGAACACUUCGUUGCAGCGACUCCAGAAUGUCGAGAGGAGAGUUGUUAGGGUUUUGGAUAUAGCGGGAGGAGUGAUGGACGAGCUGGCGAGCCCUUCUGGGCCUAAGAAAGAGUUCGUCAACAGUCAUUGCCGAGAGUUCAUGCAAUCGAUGAAGGAUAUUCAAGUGACGCUCAGGGAAGAGAUCAAAAGCGCGUGCGAGUACCGUCCCUUUGAGAAAUGCGAUUACAACGCAAGAAUAGCGAACGAGAUCUGCUUGCAGAAGCUUGAAUAUGUUCUCACACAGCUUGAUGAUCUUAAACAAACCGCUGACCGGUAUCCUUCUUCCAGUUGAUACUAUUGAUAUUUUUUAAAAAGGCUUUACUUGAGAGGAAUCAGGUAAAACCAUUGUGAUAUACUUUUUAGAAUAAUAAUAGAGGUCAAGUAAUUUUUUGUGUUGAUUCGCUUUCUGCUUACUACACUCAUUUUGCUAAAAAGUUUAGGCGAAUUUGGUUUGAACAUUCACCUGCAAUGAAAUUGUUCCAACUUCCU